CUCUACCCUGUUCUUUCUCUCUCCGUCUCUCUGUCUCUCGACCAUCCACAGGGAGGUGGCUAAACCAUAGUUUCUACCAAACCACAUGUUGCUGCGCCGAUUAAGCUGCUGAAACCGUAGCUGCCUGGUCUCUUUUGUGUCCUAAUCUCCAAUUAAUGCCGGGGCCACUGCAUCAAUAGUUUCUGCCACCUGUGGCAGUCAUCCUAUUCCCUCUACGCCACAGGGGAAAGCAGCACUAAAUAUUAACAAAUCGGGAAGAGAAAGAAAGGCACUGGAAAACAAGUGAAAGGACGUUUAACAGAUAGAGAGGACUUCUGGAAGAUUAUAAACAACAACAACUUGGCGACCUACCCAGCUGAAAUUAAUGCAAGCACCAUGCCUGGACUCUUGAAUAAGGAGAAAUGGACCGCCCUGCCACUCAGUGUCUCGGACAUCACUUCCUGUGUCAGAGGUUACACCUUGGCGAUGACAGCCUCCAUGACCUAUGAAAAUAUUGAGGACCAUGCCAUUGAAGGCAUCUUUAUUUACCCGCUGGAAGAGAACUCCACAGUGGUGGGCUUCGAGGCUAUGAUAUCCAGCCAGAUCAUAACACUGCAGAUCAAAGACAAGGCCAAAAUCGAUGACUGUCAGCCAGAUGUUUCCAGUGCUACUGGAACACCCCAGAGUGGCAGCGGGCAUGUGGUGAUGGACGAGGACCUGGAGAGGACCGUGUUGGUGGUGAACCUGGGGGUGAUCCCUCCCAUGGAGACGGUCAGCAUCCUGGUCAGCACCUCCUCCGAGCUGUCCACCCUGGCCGACGGGGGCAUCCGGGUCUGCUCGCCCUCCGUCUGCACGCCCAAGGUGCAGAGGACGGUGAACGAGGAGCAGGGCCUGUCCCCGAACUUCACCAGAACGAGAGAGAGGAGUACCACGGGCCAUAAUGAACAGACUCCCAGCUCAACCCAGCCGGGCCUGGUCACGCUGCUCGAGGAGGAGUCCAUCAACUCCAUGGACUACCAGUUCAACUUCAACCUAGAGAUCCGUGCUCAAUACCUCCUGUCAGGAGUGGAGAGUCCCUCUCACGCCAUACGGGCUGACGCAGAUCCUCUGGCCCGCUCGGCCACCAGCGUGGUCAUCACCCUGGCUGACAAGUACACUUACGACUGUCCCGUUGAAAUCCUUAUCUACCCCAGCGAGCCCCACCUCCCUCACGUCCUCAUCGAGGACGGAGACAUGACCCAGGAGGAGUAUGACGAGCACCUGCAGGGCAGGAGCGACUUCAUUAAGGCCACCAAGAAGGACCCCAGCGACGAUAAGAAGGUAGAUGUCAUUCACAAGCGUCUUCACAAGGACAUACUCCACAACCCGGUGGUGAUGCUGAACUUUUGCCCCGAUCUCAAGCUACUCAGCUCAGACCUGAGGAAGGUGCAUGGAGAGUUCAUCUUCCUCAUCGACCGCAGUGGCAGCAUGAGUGGAAUAAGCAUCAAUCGUGUGAAGGACGCCAUGGUGGUGAUACUGAAGAGCCUCAUGCCCGGCUGCCUCUUCAACAUCCUGGGCUUCGGCUCCACGUUCAGAGCCCUGUUCAGCACUAGUCAGAACUACCAGGAGGACACGCUGGCCCUGGCUUGUGAGUACAUCAAGAGGGUGAGGGCGGACAUGGGCGGGACCAACCUCCUGACCCCGCUCCACUGGGCCCUGAGGCAGCCCCUGCAGAGCGGCCACCCCCGGCUGCUCUUCCUGCUGACCGACGGCGCCGUCAGCAACACAGGCAGGGUCAUCGAGCUGAUGCGCAGCCACGCGCGCUACGCCCGGUGUCAUACGUUUGGCAUCGGUCAGGGCGCGUGCAGAAGACUGCUUCAGGGACUGGCGACGGUCUCCAAAGGAACGGCCGAGUUCUUGGCAGAGGGGGAGUGCCUUCAGCCCAAGAUGAUCAAUUCCCUGAAGAGAACCAUGAUGUCCCCAGUGCUCAGCGACAUCGCCAUCGAGUGGCUUUUCCCCGAGACCAAGGAAGUGUUGCUUUCUCCCGUGGGCAGCUCCUUCCUGUUUCCUGGAGACCGGCUGAUUGGCUACAGCGUGGUCUGCGACACCACGCGCUUACAUCCCAACCCAAACUCAGACAAGAGGAGGCGCUACAGCAUGCUGCGCUCCAACGAGUCGGCCAGCUCCGUGUUCUUCCACUCCCAGGAAGAGGAGCCGUGGCGGUCCUCAGAGAGCGAGGCCCAGGGGGUCCAGACGGCCGAGACGGCCUCCAGCUCUCCCUUCUCCCCCUCCCAGGACUUCAUGUCAGAGAGCAGCCCCGUGUCCACGCAGCAAGACACCACCGCGUCGAGGAGGCGCGCAUACAGCACCAACCAGAUUGUGGAUUUCAACCCAGGCAAGAAGGUGUACACACCCAGCGACCCCAGCUCCGUGGUGGGGAAGAACCCCCUGAGGAGAGCCAAAGCCCAGGAGCUGGUGGGCCAGACCAGCCCAGACUACGGCGCCCAGUGGAAAGACGACUACCAGUCCCAGCUGGAGAGCCUGUGCGCCACCGCCUCCAGAGUGCGCCCUGCCGGCGGCCCUAGGGCUCCCUCCCAGCAGGAGGCCGACGCAGACCCCCAGACCCAGACCCAUGCCCGUACCCUCCAGGCCCAGGAGGAGCCUCUGGCGGUGGGGAGCAGCGUGGCGGCCGGGCCCCCUGCGCCGGCAGCAGCAGGCCUGGCCAACCAGGGGACGGACGGCUCCAGGUCCUCCACGGAGAGCCCAUCUGUCGGCAGCCUCGGAGAUACAGACGCCUACGCACACCAGCUGUGCGAGGUGGAGACCCCCCAGGACGGCCUCUGCCCCGGCCUGCCCGCCUGCGUCCCGCCGGAGAAGGGGGACUGCAUGGCGGUCGUGACGGGCUUGCUGUGCGGCCAGCCGGUGAGGUGGGAGGUGGUGUUCGACAUCAAGCCCUACCUGAACGGGCGCGAGCGCGAGGAGAAGGUCCACGAGGACCUGUGGAACGAGACCUUCCACCACCUGGCGGGGAGAUCCAUCCUGAGGAACUUUGAGCACAUGGCCGAGAAGAAAAGCGAGAUUGAGCACGGUUCAGGGAGACGCUACCAACUGUACGCCAUUCACACCAGCAAGGCCUGCAAUAUACUGAGCAAAUACACAGCGUUUGUCCCCGUGGAUCUGGACACUAAUGAGUAUUUGGAGACAUCCAUUGAGUAUAUAAACACUUGUGACGGAGCCAGGCCGGGCUCCCACUCCAGCUCGCGCAGAAGGAAGAGAGGCUACUCAGUGGGGCUGGGCCGCUCCCAGUCAGGCUGCAUGUCGGAGGAGAAUGAUGAGGCGCUGCUGCCCAACAGUGAAGACGGAGCGUCUCCAUGCAGCACCCCGUCGUCGGCCGGCUGGGAGAGCUGCAGCUUCACAGAGACCUCCCAGAGGAGUCCCUCUGUGACCUCCGACCAAUCACAGAGGUCCGUCGAGAGCCUUUUUUCUGCCAGACUGACGCUCAGCAGGACCCGUCUCCUGACUCGGGCGGCCAGGGGCUUCAUGUGUCGCUCAAACAGCAAGAUGGGUGACUCAGCCGGGGAGAGCGACAACAAGAACAAAGACUACAUUCCUGUGGUGUCGUUGCAGAUGGCGUGCGGGGCGUUCCCCCUGGACGGCGCCCUCUGCGACGCCAUCAGCGUGCCCAUGGACAAGCUCAAGUGGACCUCCCCGUUCUCCAGCCACCGGGCGAGCCUGGGUCCCCACCUCUCUCACUCGGCCCCCCGGCACAUCCCCAAGAGUGCGGGAGGCGACGGAGGCGGCUGCAGCGCCGGGGGCGCCCUUCAACGCCCGCACCACCUCCACCAGAACCAGCAGCAGCAGCUACAGACCGCGGCGCUGUGGCCCAGCAGCGGCGGCCCCCGCACGGAGGCCGCGCCCUCCUCCCUGGGAGGCGGCCUGUCCUCAGGCUCCUCCCCCGAGCCAGCCCUCGCCUCGCCGUCGCAGACGGACAGCGGGCGCGGCUCGGAGACGGAGAGCCAGGAGGCGGUGGCGGAGGCGGCGUUGCCCCUCCAGCGGCUCCAGGAGGUGGAGAACAUGGUGUGGGCCACGGCGGUGGCGCUGGCCUGGCUGGAGCACAGCUCGGCCGGCUACUUCAUCGAGUGGGAGCUGGUGGCGGCCAAGGCCAGCAUGUGGCUGAGCGACCAGCGCAUCCCAGAGGGGCGGGACUUAGCCUCGGUCAAGGCCGCAGCCAAUCAACUCUUCAUCAUCCUCAGACACUGGGACGAGAACCUGCAGCUCAACAUGUUGUGUUACAACCCCAACAGUGUCUGAGACCGAGUAGACCGAUCCUAUGCUAAGUGUUGUGUCUGAGUGUUUUACAAGGCUCCCAUCUGGAGUCCAGGUGUGUCAAUGCAGUCGUGGGCGUUGUGCAAUGUGGUCUUCAUAUUUUUGUUGAACAUCCCAUGAGAAAGUAUCACUUUUUUGUUUUCCCAGAUAUUAAGUAGCACCGUAUGCUAGAGAUUACCAAGGGGGUUUCACAUGCUGUAGCAAGAUCC